AUGUCGUUUGAUAAUAUUAUUAAUAUUGUUAAAAGUCUCUCUGAAGAGCCUAAUAAGUUAAGUGUGGAGGAGAGGGUCAAAUUAUACGCAUACCUCACUAAAAAAGAUAAAUUAACUGAUGUGGAAAAAUUACUUAAUCUCUGCGAGACAAAUAACGCUAAACUUGAAUACUUGAGGCUAUUGAAGAAGUCUGUUUUUAAAUUAAAGAGAUAUAUUGAUGAAGUUGUCGAUGAAAUAAAGUUCAAAAUGGACAAAUAUGCCCGUGAAUUUAAGAGAGUACGUUUUGCUGCGGAUGCAUGGCACAGUUCUCUAGGUACUCUUACGAAAACCGAAAAGGGUAAAUUUGUGCAAGAAAGAGGCGUUGAAAUUCAGUUUCCGCUUGGUUUGACCAAAAGUUUCAUAGCAAAAUCACCCGGAAAGUUUUUACAACCGCCUAAUAUGGACAAGAACGCAAAUCCAAAAGAAAAAAUGCAAGAUUACUUUAUGGAUGAAUGCAAGGCACUAGAAAAUUAUGCAAACAUACAAAACAAACUUAUUGUCAGAGACACACAUUUUUCACCAUUUCUGGAUACUCGAAAAUCAGAUUUUGUAUUCGUUCCGAACGAUUCUCCUUUGGAUCCGUUAAGUGUUGUAGCCGUUGGUGAGAUCAAGAAGCGAGUUAAUGGAAGUUUUAGCAAUACAGAUAUAGGACAUGCAAUAUCAUUUGGAGAAAAAAUACUACAACUUCAGCCACGGCGAAACUAUGUGUAUGUAGUGUUGACAGAUUGUAUCAUCAUCAAUAUAUAUAGGGUGAACAGAAAUGAAAACUACACAGAAAAAUACACCCAUUUCACAUAUAACCACGUAAAAAGUGAAGAUUUAGCAUACAACACGCAAGCUAGUCCUUCGAAAGGGUGGAGAUACCUGGUAACAAUAAUUGAAUGCUCUCCAGAAAGAUUGGGAUGGGUUGAACCAUCAUUGAAAUUUGGCGAAGAAACUGUAAAACUGGUUCGGUCAAUUGGCGUAGGCAGAACUAGUGUUGUGUAUGAAGGAAUAUACAAAGACAUAUCUGUGGCCGUGAAAAUGAUGAAAAAGGCAAAUUAUUUGUCCUGCAUUGAAAAAGAAAGAGCUGUAUUGGAAGAACUUUUGGAGUUGAGUUCACCUCAUAUCCCAAAAAUUCUUUUUUACAAUGAAAAUACUCUUGUUAUGACUCCUCUUGGUGAGAAAGUUAGUAGUUUGCGAAAAACAGAUAUCAAGGAUAUAAUCACCACUCUCAAACAUGUGCAUUCAUAUGAAUAUGUACAUAGGGACCUUCAUAAAUAUAAUUUUCUUCGUAAUUUAGACGAUUCAAAGGAAACUAUUUUAAUUAUUGACUGGGGUUUUAGCACAAAGAAUCACGAAGACACGGCAUUUGCAGGGGCACUUGAAUGUAUGCCGGAUGAAGUCCUGGAAUCACUAACUAAAGAGGAAAAUAUUGUUUAUGGGCCAAAAGUUGACCUGAUAUGUUUUGUGCGAUCAUUCUAUCUGAUGCUACACAAACCAUCAAUGGAAAGAAUCACUUUUGACAGAGAUGAUGACAUCAGGAAACGAGCACAAAUGAUGUUAAACUUUUGGAAAGAUUAUAGUAAGUCGGACGUGUGGGAUAGCAUAUACCAAGCAAUAGAGAGCUUGGAUUACGACAAAUUAAUUAAAGAACUCGAAAGAUUUUUUUAA